GGCGGCCUCCCCUCAGCGGCCGCCAUGGCCUCGGCGGCACCAGCGGCGCUGUCGGCGAGCGGGCGGUGGCAGCGGCCGCGGCCCCAGGGCGCCUGGCCUCGCUGACUGGCGUGCGGCCCCGUCCGCUUCCUCGUGGGCCCCGCGCAGCCGCCGCAAGCUGGAGAGCCGGGGCGCGGCGGCGGCGCGGGGAGUCGGGCCGCAGCCCGCGGGGGCCCCGGCGACGCCGCACAAGAGGAUGAAGAAGCGCAAGGAGCUGAACGCGCUCAUCGGCCUGGCCGGCGACGGGCGGCGCCCCAAGGCGCCCAACAAGGGCUCGGGACACCGCCUGCUGCGCACCGAGCCGCCCGCCUCCGACUCGCGCUCCCGCUCCGACUCCAGCUCCGACGGCGACGACGGCUUCGGGCCCGCCGCCGCCCGCUUCCGCCUCGCCAAGGGAGAAUACCUACGAUGCUGCAAGUUCUGUUACCCACUAUGUGCUUUUGUCAUUCUGGCUGCUUGCGUGGUAGCUUGCGUUGGCUUAGUGUGGAUGCAGGUUGCCCUUAAGGAAGAUCUGGAUGCUCUAAAGGAAAAGUUUCGAACUAUGGAGUCUAAUCAAAAAUCAUCAUUCCAAGAGAUUCCUAAAUUAAAUGAAGAUCUGCUUGAUAAGCAAAAGCAGCUAGAGCAAAUCGAGACUGGAGACAUGGGGCUAAACAAGAUUUGGACAAAUAUUACCGAAAUCAAUAAACAGAUCUUGUUGUUGACUUCAGCAGUAAAUCACCUCAAAGCCAAUAUCAAGUCUGCUGCUGAUUUGAUUAACCUUCCUGUCACAGUAGAGGAACUUCAGAAGAGCGUAGCUACCAUAGGUAGCACCUUAACCAGCGUUCAUCAUGAUGUUGAGACUAUGCAGACUGCAAUUGAAGAACACAGGAAAAACAUAGAAACACUCCAAAACAAUAUGAAUGAAUACACAAAAGAGAAUAGAGAAAAACAGGUGUCUUCACUUUCUUCCACUGUCACACCAAGAAUAAACGAUAGAAAUCAGACUGGGAAGUGCAAGCAGGAUAACCAAUUCCUGUACACUGCUUUAGAGGAGAUAAAUACCACCCUAGUGGUGUACCAAAAGCAGAACGACCUAAAGUUUCUUAAUGUGGAUUCUGCAAUCAGUAAUCUAACUCAAAGAGUUGCGUUGUUAGAAAACUACCUGGAUGCUGUGAAUAAACUGGAAAAGAGAGAGAAUUCAUCUGUCAGUUCGGUGGAUGAUGCAGGUACUUUUCCUAAAGUAGAAAAUGAAGAUCAGUCGGCAAAUGGAACUGAUUCAGAUAAAGCACAGAAUGCAAAGAAAACAGAAACUCUGGUUUCAAUACCUGAAAAUCUGAGAGAGAAGCUUCAGCUGAUCAAUGCUCUAACAAGCAAACCAGAAAGUGAGAAGCCUCUUGAGGCAUCAGUGAAUGCGGGAAAAGCUCAGACUACAUCAAAUCCUACAGAUCCUCCCAGACUUGCAUCGAGAUCAGUUGGUGGCAACAUGGGAGAAAAUGGACAGCCAAGGCACUUGUCCUUACCAGGAAUUUCCAGCACAAAAGAUCUUCUGGAUUUGUUUAAAAAGCUGGAUCAAGACUCGGAUGGAAAGCUAACCUAUGAUGAUCUUCAAAGUCUGGUUGGCUCUGCAAUACAAGAGUUGCAGAGCUUUAAGGAAUUUGAUACAGAUGGGGAUGAAAAAUACUCAUUACCAGAACUGAGAUUAGCUUUAGAUGUGUAGCCUACAUAUAUUAAAAAUGCAGUAUUGGUGGACUUGCUGUAGCUAUUGAAAACGGAUAAGCAAAAGCUACAUCUGCACUUCCCUCGGUGUUCUACUAAUCUUUGGCGCUAACUUAGUGUACACAUUGCCACCUUUUUAAUUUGCAAUCUUUUAAGGUAUUUAAAAACUUGAAAAAAGUUAUCUAUGGCAUAAUGGAUGGUAGGGACUUCCUUAAAAAAUCCAGAAGGAUCCCAAACUACACUAGGAACUGUUGCCUGGCAUCAUCUUUCCCUUUUAAAGGGAGUUUUUGUCUUUAAAUUAGAACUUGUGUACAGAUAGACAAACCCAUGUUUUAUAUUUCACAUAAAUUUGCCUUAAAUGAGAGAGCUGCAUUUUAUAUGGAGCGGGAAGAAAUCUGUCUUAAAGAUGGGCUUUUUCUGCUUGUAAAUAUUUGAAAUAGAAUAAAUUAUGCAUAUUUUAGGGGAAGUUUGUGUUGAGGCUUUGUUGGUAAUAAACAUGCUCGUGUAUAAAACCUAAAAAUGCAAUAUAACAGUGUGGCCGAGAGUAUUUCAGGUGCCCCUGGAAUUUAAUUUCUGAGCUGCUUCCACCCUUGGCUGUCUGCACUCACAGGUGGGUUUGAUCUCAAACUGCAGCAGAUCCAAGGCAUGACGUCGUGUCGUUUCAUAGAGGGCUUGAAUUUUUAAGGGGUGGGAUUGGACAGUUGUCUUUCUUCCUUGAUCUGAAAAGCACUAGGUAUGGUAGCUUCUUGUGAUCCACUUCCGAGUUUCUCAUUCACUUUGCUGUAUUGCACCCAGUGUUAUGCUUUAUGGAGGGAGGGUAAUCUACUGAAACAUUUUAAUUGGCACUUUAACUUUUUGCUCUAACCUUGAUCCCAGAAGCUGCUGUUGACUGCCAUCAUGGCAGGGAAGUUCACAUUCCUGCCCUCUGUACGUGUGACAGGGUCACAAGGUCCCACUGACUGCUUGUCAGAGAUAUUUUUAACAGGGCUUUUGGCACUGCCAGUCUCUUCCUCCUAAUACUGUCUCACCUUACUAAUGCAUCCAUGGGCAAGAGCAGCCUUCUUAAACGAGGCUGUUUGUGAUUCUGUGUCAUGAACAGGAUGGGGAAAACCUCCGGCAGAGAACUUAAAUGCAGUUUCCUGCCUAUUGUGAAUGUUAAUAGUUCUUGGCAUCUAAAACUACUGUAUUUUCGUACCAUUCAAAAGAAGUCAAAGGACAGGUGCAGUGGAAGGGGACAGAACCAUAUAUCACCCUUUACGAAAGAAAAAAAACCAUGAGUGCAAUAUAAAUGAAGUGUCUUUUUGUGCAGCUACUCCUUUGACUCAUGAUAUGCUAUGUUCCUUUUCAUGUGGACAUUUGGUAUGUUCACAUUGUAAAUAUUGUGAAUCUAAACUUGAAGCCUGUCUGUAUUCAGAAACUUCUGAAACGUAUUACAAGGCUUUUGCCGAAUGUAUUCUUCUGUAGGUCCAACCAGGGACAAGUUAGACUUCAUUGGCCACGGGUGUAAUACAGAUCUUAUUGUCUGUUGUUUGAAUGUAGGUUUAAUGGACUAAAACUGUCCACAUCAACAGAACAUCAGUAUAUGGAAGCCUGUUCAUAGUUAGUUUAUGGGACUCUGAAUGGGAUGAUUAUAGCUUUACAAAUAUUGUCUGGAAAUAUUCUUCAGCAAAAAGUCUUGCAAAAUUGAACCCUUUUAUAGGCUGUCUAAGCUUUUGCCAUCACUCUUCUAGGCUUGGUUUGCCCAGCAAGAAGAUGCUGUCAUUGAUGUGAAGAUUUGAAAUACAAUAUAAUCUGGCUUUAAAUAUAGCCAGAAACCAACACUUGCUUCUCAGUAGCUUCCACACCCUCUUAUACAUGUCUAUGAAUUCCUGAACCAAAUUAAAAAAAAAAAAAACUCGAAAGAAAAAAAACAAACAAACAAAAAACCAAGCAAUAAAGUAUAACCGUUCUGGUAAUUUUUUUGUACAUAUUGUAUCAUAGCUGUAUGUCAGAAUUUGCAAGGUAUUUUUGGAAGGCUGAUUUGUAUAAAACAAUGUAAAGCGAUGUUAUGUUUUUUAAGAGAUUGCCUCAUUGCCACAUUAAUUUAAAUAUGUUCUAUUUUACUGUCUGCUUUUAAUUUUGCAGUACUGGGGUGGGGUGGGGAGUAUUGGGGUAUGGACACACAUUCUUAUGAAACAAGCUGUGCAGUAACCAUCAGCGUACAUGCUCUUUUCCCCACAUUAAAUACGAGGCAAUUUACUCUGUUCAUUGAGGAGCAGCUUGACUUGCAUCUGUGGUGGAUAAGAGCAUGUACAUGAAUGACACCAGCAGAGUAGUUCAGAUGCUGGAAGUCCACACCCCCCUCUUAUCUCAUGAUGAUUUGUUCAUGUGCCUGUACCCUUCUUACUUUGGAGACAGUGUGUGCAUCUCAGUUCUGGUGUUUUGCAUCCUCUAUGUGCCUAUGGGACUGAAAUGAUCAAUUAUUGAAGUGCUAGGAUGUGAGACUGCUUAAGAACGUGGAUUCAUGCGCAUCUUGAGUACAUAGCGCUGCCUCACAACUCAUUUAAUUGACAUUGUCACUCAGCCUAAUGGGUAAUCAUAGAAUGGAUGCUUAAUAAUACAUUUAAUAAAAUAGGAUCAUCUAAAAGUAAUAGUGAAUUACUGUAUAUGGUGACUAGCUGCUUUAUUUUAUUUAAUUCUGGCCAGCAGGCAACCUGUCACGUCCUAACCUCAAAGUACUGCUCAGCAUCCAGCUGCUUAGAUUUGUUUUGCUGUUUUGGUUGUCCUGUGCUUUCGGUCCCCAAGCCUGCAGAGAUUGAAGUGGGGCGCUAGUGAGGCUCUCACUAAUGGCCCUUUUUUCUAUGCUGGUGCUGAAAGGGCACUAGCUUCUGCAGAUGCAUUAAUCGCUGUCAUAGACCUGCUUAGGGUGGGGUCAAGGUGACUGGAUUAAAAGCUGAUGACUGAUCUACACACGUGCACACACGAAUUCAAGAAAAAGGUCUAGUGUACCUACAGCAGGGAGCAGCUUUGUUGUGUAACUCUCAUUCUGUCAGCCAUGGGACCAGCUCUUCCAGGUAGUUCUUGGGAAAACUUCAUGGUGUUUGAUUCCAAUUGCUCACUGUGGUGACUCCAUGGACUUCAGUGGUGUUCUUCCUCAUUUAAACCAUCCGUGGUCCCUAGGGACAUGUCUUUAUUACAUAAGGUGGUGCCAUGUCAGGAUAUGAGCCAGCGCAGUCUGUGCUAGUUCUGGAACCAGAAGUGUUGUGGCUACAUUUGUAUAAAGCUAUGUCAAAGCUAUUAAGGCCUGCAAAACUAAUUCAUGCAGUGCUGUCUCGACUAGCACCACUAUACUGCUUGUGGUUCUAGGUGUCCUUGCCUGGCACUGCCUUGCAUUUGCACAGACCUAACCUAAGAUUCAGAUCUUUAAAGGAGAUGCUACCACAGAAGCCCUAAUGGCAGAUGCUCAUAUAUUAACAGAAAUCCAAGAAACAAAGGGUUGAGUCUGAGAAGCAGAGGUGGGUUAAGCCUGUGGCAGCCAGGAUGUUUGUUUCGGAGAAGGGGACACUUGCAAGAGGUCACUUAUAAGCUCCCGGAGGCUGUGAAAGGGCUGGAGAGAAGGUGCAGCACUUUCAGGUGGACUUCUUAAAAUUUCACCUUAAUGUGGGGUUGUAAACUCCCCUGUUUAUUAUUCAUUUGAGAAUCUCUGAGCUGUUCCAGUAUUCAGUUAGUACCAUAAUACUGGGACAGCAAGUCCUUGUCCAGAUUUCUUAAGGCCAUUUUAUAAUGUCAUAUUCUAGUUAACUAUCAAGACGUGAUUUUUGUUGGGUUUUUUCCCCCCUCACGUACAUCUGGUUUAAAACUUUGAUUUACUAAACUCAGAUUUUUAGACUGAAUGCGGUAUAUGGACCAGUUCUUUUUGUUUUGUUUUUUUUUUUUGUUGUUUCUUUUUAGUGACCGUUCCCAUAACAUAAAAGAUGUUGCCUUUACUUGACUACAUUUGGACCUAUUUUGGUAAUGUAUUGGGGCUUUUUUAGAUCUGUAUAUGGAAUGAAUCAAAGCUGGUUUUAGCUACUGAGUUCUGCACAUGGCGUCAUGUAACAUGAUUGUUUAAUCAGAAUAAAAUAUUUUCAUUUUU